AUGCGAUAGCCUGGAUGCCUUUCCGCUCAUAUUAGAGCACAGCUUCAGCUGCCGCAGCCCAUUAAUCUAUUUUCUGACUUCGCAACCCUUCUGCGCGAAUCCUAUUGUGCGAAUCCCAGCGGCUGAAGGUGGCAGUUGACGGCGAACAUCGCGGCGGCCUUGUGGCAGUUCCGCCAACAGGUACUCAAGGUGAAAGGUAUGUGACAGACAGACGCCUACACCUGCAUUUGCCCUGAUGCAAUGAUGAAUUCGCAGCAAUGCGCCACCGUGACGCGAAAGGAACACUGUCAGAGGUGGGCUGGCUGUCCGCAUCAUUCCGUAUGACAUUGUGCGUCUGUGUCAGUGAUGUUAGAUGGCCUUUGGGCCCACACUGGCGCGAGCCGCCGAGGAGUCCUUCUGAGCUGGUUUUGCAGGGGCCAGCCGGUUGCACCUCUUCCCCCGUCUCCUUUGGCGACAAAGAGGAGCUGGAGAGGGAAAGCAAGAGUAAGUAAGAGACACACAGACCGAGAGAAUGGCACCAUGCAGAAUGAACACUGCCUUGUUCAGUCGUGCUGCCUUGUUCUGCAGUCGAGAACACAUCGCUCUAGCUUUGAGCCCGUGAUUUGCCAUCCGGAAGAAAAUCAAGAGAUAGAUUCCACAGAAGGUGAGCGAGGGAGGAGUGGAAUCAUCACCAGACGGGCAGAGGGUGCAUGUGUGAAGCAGGACCUUGCCGUGAUUUCCUUGACGCUUUUGCUGCUGCUUGUGUGGAUGCAUAUCAGGUGCUGCGGCAACAUGAGCCUGCCCAUCAGUGGUGUCACACCCCGCAGCACUCUCCGGCGGUGUACAAGUGAGCCGCAGCUGGGCAGCCCCCUGCGGAGAGUCCAGUCGGAGGUGGACCGCUACAUCCGGUCGGGCAGGCCCCUCCCAGUGCACGACACCCCCCUGCAGCAACUUGAAGAGAUUGCCGCCGCCCUGGGCGCGGCAUUCUACGGCCCACUAGGGGAGUCCGUCACAUCGACCUCGACGCACAGCAUCAAGAACCCUGACUGCACCUGCAUGGAGUGUUGGGUAAGCAAAUCAUGGGCGGGGAGGGAGAGAGGGAGGGAGGGAGGGAGGGAGGCUGGGAGGGAGGGAUUGCCGGCACCGAUUGCUCGUUUGUCGUGUCAUGUUGGUCAGCGGGGCGUUCCUCUCGCCUUCUGCUGCCAUACGUCGCCGACCUCGUAGCCAGGCACGCUGCCCGAGGGCUGGUCCCAGAGAUGUCGAUCCAGUUGGUCGACCACCUGGUGUUCCCCGAGGGACUGUCGGGCCGGACGGUCUUUGCGGCUGAGCCGCUGAGAGCGGCGGUGCGGAGUGCGGCCAUUUGCCUGUGUAGGCAGAUGAUGGUACGACUGGUGGAUGGGCAGCAGGACAACACAUUCCUGACGCAGGUAAGCAAGGAGAGAGUGUGUUCCCACCCCACGCCCCCCCGCAGCAUCACGCAUACCAACACGAGGCCGCACACCACCAGCACCACCAGCAGGUGCAGCAGCGUGGUGACGCACAGCCGCCGCCCGAGCAGGCCUUCCUGGGGAAACAUCGGGAGGUGGAUACGGGGGAUUUCGAGGUCCAGCCGGAGAACGUGAGCUUCCCCAUGCCGCCCCUCUGGCCAAGCGCACUCACAUCCCUCUACUCCAUCCCGGUACGCAUUGAGGAGGAAGUGGGCAGAUGAGGCUGAGGUGGUGUGGUGCGUGUUGCAGUAUCCCUAUGACGUGUUGGGCAGGGGAACGUUCGGCAUAGUCGUCAAGGCCUACUGCAGGCUUCCAGGGGAUCCCGUGGCGAUCAAGGUCAUAUUCCACCUAGACGACCUGGCCGAAAUCCAUGUAAGUGUAUGAGCAGGUAGGCAGUAUACACACAGCGUGACACAUCCAUCCAUGUCUCUCUCUGUGUCGGUCUGCUUGUCUGUAUGUGUGUAUGUGUGUGGAUGGCAUGCAUGUGUGCAGGCCCAGGAGGAGAUCGACAAGAUGAAUCAGUUGAGUGAGCAUUCGGACCUGGCCAAGCACCGGCUCAUGGUCACAGCGGAGAACCGCUUUGUGCUGGCCCACUAUGUAGUGCUGGGCGUUUCGCCCUUUGCGUCGAGGGGGGAGGUCGAGGAUGCGUGGAAAAAGUGUCGCAAAUGGGUGAGGGGCGCACAGCACUCGAGGCGACAUCAUGCUGUGGGAUGGGGCGUGCAUGCUGCGCGUGUUUGGGGUGUGCAGGCGCAUCCCGACCGCAAGAUACUGCGGGACGGGAUGAUAUUUUCGUACAUGAAUACCGCCCAGCAGCUGCUGUUGGAUGAGGACAAGAGGGAGGCCUAUGACCACAAGAAGGUACGCACACGCGCUGGAACCCUCACAUACACUGCGGGCAUAUCCAUCGUCGGUUUGCUGUGCUGUUGGCGGCUGGCUCCUUUCUGGAUGGUGCAGGGUGUGAGUGAGGCCAACCGUGAGCACAUCAUUGCUCUCUGGAAACACGAUUGCGGCCGUUUCGAGGUGGGCGACACAGAGAUCCACACACAUCCUACCCAUAUCUACGCACAUCCACCCUCCCUUCGUAUGGUUGGUUGUCCCUCCAGUUCCUGGUUGAGCAGGAGAAGUUGAAGCCUACCAACACUGCCCAGCCGGUAUGUACGGGCGCACCGCCCAGCUGCAACCAUCACCUUGAUCAAAGGCACUGUGGAUGGAUGUGUGUGUGCUGGUUGUGCACUCCUUCAGGCCGCGGCUAAGCCGCCCGUGCCGAGUUCAGCUGCCGGCAGUUCGCCCACCAACGGCCGCACCGUGACGCCAAGCCGACUGCAGCUCGUCGUGGUGCCAGCGAAGCCUCCCACCCCCUCACCGUCCCCCUCCCCCUCCCCCACAUCGACUCCCCCUGCUGCCCCUGCACCCACACGCGCCGCACCACAAGUGCAGAAAGCCACGCCAUACUUGCCCCCGACUGCCGUCGCCGCUCACCCCCACCCGAACCCCCACCCUCACCCCAUCCGCCACACAGCAGAGCAGCUGCCCUCGCCGGGCUACUACAGGCUGAAGGCGUCUGUCGAGGAGUGUGAGCGGUCCGGAAGCAGAUGUGUAGGCCGCAGGUACAUAUUGAUGAGGGCAGGGCCAUCACACACGGCCAACACAUCGAUGUGAUGUACGUGUGCGUGGCUGUGUGUGUGUCAGGUAUCAUUGCGUACCAGAUGAUUCGGGCAAGGUAGUCACUGGCGGGGCGGCCUACAGGCGGGCAGAUGAGCUGGGCGUGCCCGACAUACGAUACGACAAUGAACACAUAGAGGUCCUCCUCCCACCCACAUACACACAGACACAGACACAGACAGGGACAGAGACACGUGUGGAUGAAUGGAUGGAUGGAUGGAUUUGUGUACUGCAGAAGGUGAGGGAGUCGGUGAAGGGCCCCAACUGGCCGCGGCAGGAGCUCUGGGACAAGCUGGACCUCGCCACCAAGAAAUUCCAGGAGCCGCCCUACAGGUCACUCAACAGCCUUCUCGACUACAUCUCGCUCAUGCUCGCCUACAGACGAGAACUGCGGCUCACCGCCCAGGAGGUCCGAACUCAGAAACCUACACGCACACGACCUGACAUGACCUGACAUGGCAUGACAUCCAUGUGUGCAGCUGGUGGACCCAACGGCGGAGCACCCCGUGUUCGAGUCGAUGCGGGAGGAGAUCGCCCGGCUGCUGUCCGGGUGGAGCCCACGGGAUCGGUACGAGCCCACGGGAUCGGUACAACCUGGAGCAGAUCACGGCCGUCUUCAACCCCAAGACGCGAGACUUCAAGCCGCGCACAUGAGCACUCAAGGGGCCCGUGCCGCCCUUGUGCCCCCCCACACCCAUCCCCACACCGCGACCGUCAGCCGGCCCCCUCAGCCCUCCCAUGGUGCGCCAGAGCCCCCCUCGCGGUCCAACCAAACUCGCACGUAA